GCUAGCCAGGAAAAAAAGAACAGAAGAGAAAAAAAGUGUCCGAUCUUGCGGAUGUUUGGAAGAAGACUUGCGCGCCAGCACGCUAGGUGGUUAAAGCAAAAGUGGAUGAGCUUGGAGCCAAGAAGAGAGGGACGAUGCAUUGAAACGGCCUACUUAAACCUUUUCAUCGCGCCCGAGCCUGCCUGAUCCGGGACAUGUGCCACAUGCACGGCGCCGAUUCGAGGAAGAGGGCCAAAGGGCCAUAGCGAGCCGCAGUGUGGUGGCGCUCGCCAUUCGAAGCUUGCUCCGCUCCUUCUAUUCUAAGCGCUGCGAAUCCCCAGGCAACGCGGCAGUGGCGUAAAAGGUCUGCACACAAAAUGACCGACCGACCAGCGAAGCGCCGUAGUCCGCGGGCUAGCGAUAGUCUUUUCCAUUGCGAGUCAAUAGCUCCGAAACUGAACCUUGCAGUGAAGAAUCGAGCGCAUCAAUUUAGCUCGUUGUGCAAAGGGCUAGACAAGCUAGGUGACCUUUGCGCACGCGCACUGGACAUGCACUUGCGAACGGCCUUGCCACAGGCCACUCGCCACCUCUUCUCCGCGCUGGUCAGCAAAGGAAGCCAGGAGUCCUUGAAUCGUUGGUUCCUUCAUCGCUGGUCGAAGCGCUUACGCUUUGCGCGUCAGUCUUGCGAGACGAUGACACGCCGAGCCAAGUGACUCGAGGCUGCGUGUAUGCGGCUUGUCUGCGCUGCGCCGCUGAUCAAUUCUCUUCCUCGAUCAUGACCAUCCUUCCCGAAAAGCUUCCGCCGCCCCUCCCCCCCGUGGUGCGGGACGAUCGGGCGUCGAGGGAGACCGAGGAGUCGCUCGCCGACUCAUCCAUCAGCGUGGCGUUAAAAGUAAUCGGGCGGCGUGCGAGGCCAUGGCGGCAACCAGCACCCAAGCAUUUACAACAAUGCUUGACAGCGCCACUUGGCCGUGCAUGCAGGCGCUCUAAAGAGGGACUGAAGGGCCACGGUAGAGGUGAUUAGGUCAGGAUAGUAAGGUUCGCGCAUAUGCGGCUUUGUGCCCGCCCUUCCCUCCGAUCGAAAGACGAACUCAGCCACUCGCUCGUCGGGUCAGCCGCAGGCUUGCAGUCUUGGCAGAUCCCGGAUGAUCUAGCAUGCAUUCCGCGUCUAUACUUUUGGUCGCCAGAUGAACAAGCACUCUACGCACAGACCGAGCUCUACGCACAUUUCGCGUUUUGGAAUGCCUUGUGCAAGCCGUGGCGCUCGCGCAUUGUGCCCCAGAGCCCGAGUCGCUACGCAAAGGG